ACGAUGAAGAUGGAGACAGAUGUAUUUAACCCUUCUCACACUGCAGAGCUCCAGUUCCUCAGGUCACGGGUUCGGGAACUGGAGAAAGAGAAGGCCGAAAUGGCGGCUGAAAACCAAUGGCUGCAAAACAUGCUAGUAAAGGGUGAGGAUGAGUAAGGUCAAUAUAGUUUUAUAAUGCAACUGCUCUAAAUUGAUCACAUUCCCUCAUGCAUGUUUCUUCUUAACUUUGUGGUGUCAUCCCUCAGAGAUCCCUGGCCUGCUGUCUACCAUGUGGCAGAACUUGGGCCAAGCCAACCAGCCCCCCAACCCUGCAGUAUCCCCACAGGCUGUCUCCACGGCAACAGUGAGGGGCGAGAGCUACACAUACACACACCACUCUGUGUCAGGACACUCUGGCCGAGGGUUCAGUCCCCCACUUCAUCAUCAUCAUCCCAUGUCCAACCGCUCAGCUAUGACUCAGGACGACGUGAAUGGAAGCAUGUCAAACUUUGGACCCAAGAUGGCCGUCAGUGAGCACAGUGUGGACGGAGACUUUGAGCUGAGUGACAUCGCAGAGGACGACGACCCCCACAGCUCUCUGUGUGGCUCAGCAACCGACCUACCCGGGAUGAGGACAUGCUCAGAGACACACUGUAUUAGUGGGACUGGCCAUGUAAGGAAACAUGCUGUUCAUUCCAGAAAAAUACAGAUUGUUAACGUAGCCACUAUUAACAUAUCGAGACCUUGGGACUAUAAGGUUCUAUAUGAAAUGUUGGUCUAAAAUGAGUUAGUCACAUAUAAUUGAUCUUGAGAUGGUUCUUCAUAUUUGAACUUGGCACUAUAAGGUUCUGUCUGCAAUCCAAUCACAAGCCUGAACAAAUACAGAAAAAACCAACACUGUCAGAAAUCUUCAAGUAAAUUAUGUUGUCACAUCGUUGUUCAGUGAUGACCGUAAUUUUUCUGAUGAUCAUAAUACAUUUCUUUAUGUAUUUGAUGAUGUGUUCUGACUAUCUUGGUAAAAUAGUGUUAUUCUAUCAUUAAUGUAUUCAAAUAUCUAUAUUUAUCUUAAAAACUGAACAUGUCUAAUUCAGAAGUGUCUUAUAUAACCUUAUUGAACCCAGAUUGACAUUUCAGAGCCAUAAGGUUCUAUAUGCAAUUGCACCCCCCUAAAGAAACAGAUUUACAAAUGUCUCAGGAUUUUGAUACUCUGCACUUUAGGUAUCUUUAAGGUGAGGACCUUCAUGGGUUAUGAAAGAAGAAUUCAGUACAAAACAGUUCUGAGAUCUGGGAUGUAAAAACUUUGAUGCUCAAUAUCUCAGAACUAUUCUUUGCGCAGAUAGAAUCUAAUAGUCCCAAGGACACGAUAUUGAUCCUCCAAAUGUUAUGGAGGUGUAAAUGGGUUUUGAUUCUGAUCACAUUUGCACUGUCUCUCCCAAUUGGCUGUGCAGGUAAACCAGGUGGAGGUAUACCCAGGUUCCGGCGUCUUCUGUGAAAUGCGGUCCUGGCACGCAGCCAAUCAGACGCAGUCUCCCACGGCAAUGGCGCGCAUCCUGUUGCUGGGCGUGUUCGACAUGGACACCCUGCUGAACAGCAACCUGCGAGGGGGGCGGAGCCGCAGACCAACCUUUCCCAACCACCGCACCGCCCUGGACCCACACAAGCUCAACGCCAUCUAUAGUACGUGAAUACCUGAUCCACAGCCUUACAAACAACCUUUACCACAUUUCAUUGUAUUUUUCUCCAAGUUCACUUGGUCAUUCAUUGAUGAGUGAAAGCACUCACCUUCUCGAUCAUUAGAAAGAUACAGUGGGGUCUGAAAUGAUUGACACCCGUAAUAAAGAUGAGCAGUAAUGACUGUAUAAAAUAAAUAAUUCAAAUAAUAUUAUAUUGUAUAAUAUGCUCAUAAAAUUGGGAAAUUAUUUUAUACUCAUACAAUUGCUCAGAAAAUAGAUUUUGUUUAACAAGUAAUAUUUUUUUGCUCAGAAAGGUAGGGGUCAAAUAUAUUGACACCCCUAAAGAUUCUUAUAAAUAAAGUAGUCCAACAUUUUUGUAUUUUGUCCCAUACUCCUAGUAUGGAAUGACUACAUCAAACUUGUGACUACAAACUUGUUGGAUGCAUUUGCAGUUGGUUUUGAUUGUGUAUCAGAUUAUUUUGUGCCCAAUGGAAAUGAAUGCUAAAUAAUGUAUUAUGUUAUUUUGGAGUCACUUUUAUUAUAAAUAAGAAUAGAAUAUGUUUCUAAACAAUUCUACAUUAAUGUGGAUGCUACCAUGAUGAUUAUGGAUAAUCCUGAAUAAAUCCUGAAUAAUGAUGAGUGAGAAAGUUACAGAGGGUCAAAGAUCAUACCCCCAAGACAUGCUAACCCCUCACCAUUUUCAAUAACAGGGGAGGUUCUUGGGGGUAUGUCUUGGGGGUAUGAUCUUUGACCCAUAGGGGGCACAGGGGCACGUGCCCCCUCAGAUUAGUCCUGUUUAAAAAAUAUAUUUAUAUAAUUAAUAUUUUUUGUUGUUGUUUCGCUAUAAUACUACUUGCCAUCUAGCAAUUUUAUGAUGUUGGCUUUAGCUAGCCCAGAUAGGUUCCCAAUCUCCCAACCUCUUAAUAUAUAUUUAGGGGUGUCAAUCAUUUUUACCCCUGCCUUUUUGAACAAAACAAUUAUUACUUGGACCAAUGCAAGCCGGUCCAAUGCAGCCAUUUUUAUCUCGAUAUUAAAUCAUUUCUAGGUAACAAUUAAGUACCUUACUGUGAUUUGUUUUAAAUUAAAAUGGUACAAAAAUAGCUUCUUAGCAAAGAGAGAUUUCUCAAGCAAGAAUUUUGCUAGGACUGUCUGGGAGUGGUCUGAGUGGGGGAAAACUGAAAACUAGCUGUUAUUUGCAGAGAGGUUUAGAACUCUUUCUUAUUGAUCUAUUAACUAAUUUUCUACCUGGUGAUGUCACCAGGCAGGCCAAAACUUCAUCCCACCACAACAGGCUGAAAUGUCAGGCUGUAUUUUCAAACAGCUCUUACACUAAAAAGGUAUUAUUAUUAUUUUCCCAAUUUCACAGUGUUAUUCCAACCUCAUAGUGUGGAAAUACUUACUGAACAAAAAAUUAAACACAACAUGCCACAAUUUCAAAGAUUUUACUGAGUUACAGUUCAUAUAAGGAAAUCAGUCAAUUGAAAUAAAUGAAUUAGGCCCUAAUCUAUGGAUUUCACAUGGCUGGGCAGGGGUGCAGCCAUGGGUGGGCCUUGGAGGGCAUAGGCCCACCCACUUGGAAGCCAGGCCCACCCACUGGGGAUAUAUUUACAGACAGAAAUACUCCUCAGUACCCCCCCCACCCACCCUCCUCGGACGAUCCCGCAGGUGAAGAAGCUGGAUGUGGAGGUCCUGUGCUGGCGUGGUUACACGUGGUUUGCGGUUGUGAGGCCAGUUGGACGUACUGCAAAAUUCUCUAAAACGACGUUGGAGGCAGUUUAUCGUAGAGAAAUUAACAUAAAAUUAUCUGGCAACAGCUCUGAUACAUUCCUGCAGUCAGCAUGCCAAUUGCACGCUCCCUCAAAACUCGAGACAUCUGUGGCGUUGUGUGACAAAACUGCACAUUUUCAAGUGGCCUUUUAUUGUCCCCAGCACAAGGUACACCUGUGUAAUGAUCAUGCUGUUUAAUCAGCUGCUUGAUAUGCCACACCUGUCAGGUGGAUGGAUUAUCUUGGCAAAGGAAAAAGGCUCACUAACAGGGAUGUAAACAACUUUGUGAACAACAUUUGAGAGAAAUAAGCUUUUAGUGCGUAUGGAACAUUUCUGGGAUUUUUUUAUUUCAGCUCAUGAAAUAACACUUUACAUGUUGCGUUUAUAUUUUUCUUCAGUGUAUAUAAAACACAGGAAGAUCACGUUUUGGACUGUACAAACAAAAUAUUUUUAUCUGAGCGAUUGUACAGUGGCUUGCGAAAGUAUUCACCCCCCUUGGCAUUUUUCCUAUUUUGUUUCCUUACAACCUGGAAUUAAAAUUGAUUUUUUUGGGGGUUUGUAUCAUUUGAUUUACACAACAUGCCUACCACUUUGAAGAUGCAAAAUAUGUUUUAUUGUGAAACAAACAAGAAAUAAGAUGACAAAAAACAGAAUUUGAGCGUGCAUAACUAUCCCCCAAAGUCAAUAUUUUGUAGAGGCACCUUUUGCAGCAAUUACAGCUGCAAGUCUCUUUGGGUAUGUCUCUAUAAGCUUGGCACAUCUAGCCACUGGGAUUUUUGCCCAUUCUUCAAGGCAAAACUGCUCCAGCUCCUUCAAGUUGGAUGGGUUCCACUGGUGUACAGCAAUCUUUAAGUCAUACCACAUAUUCUCAAUUGGAUUGAGGUCUGGGCUUUGACUAGGCCAUUCCAAGACAUUUAAAUGUUUCCCCUUAAACCACUCGGGUGUUGCUUUAGCAGUAUGCUUAGGGUCAUUGUCCUGCUGGAAGGUGAACCUCCGUCCCAGUCUCAAAUCUCUGGAAGACUGAAACAGGUUUCCCUCAAGAAUUUCCCUGUAUUUAGCGCCAUCCAUCAUUCCUUCAAUUCUGACCAGUUUCCCAGUCCCUGCCGAUGAAAAACAUCCCCACAGCAUGAUGCUGCCACCACCAUGCUUCACUGUAUACAUGUGUGGUCCUCUGUAGCUCAGCUGGUAGAGCACGGCGCUUGUAACGCCAAGGUAGUGGGUUCGAUCCCCGGGACCACCCAUACACAAAAAUGUAUGCACGCAUGACUGUAAGUCGCUUUGGAUAAAAGCGUCUGCUAAAUGGCAUAUUAUUAUUAUUACUGUGGGGAUGGUGUUCUCGGGGUGAUGAGAGGUGUUGGGUUUGCGCCAGACAUAGCGUUUUCCUUGAUUGCCAAAAAGCUCAAUUUUAGUCUCAUCUGACCAGAGUACCUUCUUGCAUAUGUUUGGGGAGUCUCCCAGAUGCCUUUUGGCGAACACCAAACGUCUUUAAGCAAUGGCAUUUUUCUGGCCACUCUUCCGUAAAGCCCAGCUCUGUGGAGUGUACGGCUUAAAGUGGUCCUAUGGACAGAUACUCCAAUCUCCGCUGUGGAGCUUUGCAGCUCCUUCAGGGUUAUCUUUGGUCUCUUUGUUGCCUCUCUGAUUAAUGCCCUCCUUGCCUGGUCUGUGAGUUUUGGUGGGCGGCCCUCUCUUGGCAGGUUUGUUGUGGUGCCAUAUUUUUUCAAUUUUUUAAUAAUGGAUUUAAUGGUGCUCCAUGGGAUGUUCAAAGUUUCUGAUAUUUUUUUAUAACACAACCCUGAUCUGUACCUAUCCACAACUUUGUCCCUGACCUGUUUGGAGAGCUCAUUGGUCUUCAUGGUGCCGCUUGCUUGGUGGUGCCCCUUGCUUAGUGGUGUUGCAGACUCUGGGGCCUUUCAGAACAGGUGUAUAUAUAUAGAUCAUAUGACAGAUCAUGUGACACUUAGAUUGCACACAGGUGGACUUUAUUUAACUAAUUAUGUGACUUCUGAAGGUAAUUGGUUGCACCAGAUCUUAUUUACGGGCUUCAUAGCAAAGGGGGCGAAUACAUAUGCACGCACCACUUUUCCGUUAUUUAUUUUUUUGAUUUUUUUUUUAAUUUCACUUCACCAAUUUGGACUACUUUUGUAUGUCCAUUACAUGAAAUCCAAAUAAAAAUCCAUUUAAAUUACUGGUUGUAAUGCAACAAAAUAGGAAAAACGCCAAGGGGGAUGAAUACUUUUGCAAGGCACUGUAUUACUAUAAAAUAAUGUAAUUCCCCAAUUUGUUUAGCAUACAAUAUAGCGCAGUAUUUUAAUUAUUUAUUUUAUACCGUAAUUAUUACAUCUUUAUCAAGGGUGUCAAUAAUUUUGGACCCCACUAUAUCUCACUGAUACAGUUAAACUAGCAUCCCAAAACGAAAUCAUUUACACAUGCAUUAUUAGGUUGUGCUUGAGUGCUGUGCCAUCGUAAUUCAAUUAAAAAAAGUUAAACGUGAUUUAGAGAGGAUGAGGAUUGAGAGGGGGUGUGUGGCGGAGGCGGCCGGGCCCGUUUCCGAUCCAGUAAGCCCCCUUCAUUCAUCAUCAUUUAGUUUUUAAUGGCCUGACAGCUCUGGCAGGGCUGAAAAACGUCUGUGUUCCUUACUGUCACUCCUGCGACGUCCUCCCUCUUCCAACUGUUGUUGUGCUGUCGCUCUCUCCGUCCGCAGAUGCCACUCUGGCCCGCUUCCCAUUGGCCAGGAAGGGACAAAUUGGCACCGGCAUCAACUCCAAGCUGUCUGAGAUCCGUUUCCGAUCCAGGAGAGCCAACCGGGACCCCAGUUAUCUAUGAAGGACUGUUCCUGCCCACACACCAAGUUGUAUUAAAUCAACAUUUUAGUUCUAGUAUUUUAUCACAUUAACCGUUCAACUGUGUCAGUGUAUGAGUACAUGUGUGUGCAGAAUGUCUUGCCUAUGAAUUGUUCCACAUUGGCUUAAACAUUGUCUUCUGCUGGAGGUUCUGUGGAAGAGAAUGGCAAAAGGACUCAAAAGACGGGCUAAUGAUAGAGGAAGGAUUCAAGGCCAGUGGAAGAACGUGCAUAAGAAACGGCUUUGAUGGUUAAAUCCCCCCUCUGUCACCGGCCAACCAUUAGUAAACCACACGUGAACAGUCCCCGGGGUAGUCUCUCUGACUGACAGAGAUGCAUAGAUCCAGGACUGCUGAUCCAUGUGUGACCAACCAGUGGAGGACCGGAGGCUUCAGUCAUGUCUUACCAGACAGACGCCUCUCUGUCAUUGACCUCUACCCACUUAGACAAAGGAGGCGAGAGGGGAUUGG